AUGUCUCACUCAGGUGCUCAGGGCAGCAUUGGCAGCCACUCUGCCAUUGGGCUGCGCAAUCACAAGAUAUACCUCUAUGAAUUCGAGAACUUCCAAGGCCGUAGGAUGGACCUGUUCGGAGAGUCCCGUAACCUGUGUGAGAAGGGUUUUGAAAGAAUCGGCUCCAUCAGGGUAGAGUGUGGACCCUGGGUGGGUUAUGAGCAGCAGAACAUGACCGGUGAGAUGUUCAUGCUGGAGAAGGGAGAGUAUCCUCGCUGGGACACCUGGUCCAACAGCUACAGGUGUGAUCGCAUCAUGUCGGUCAGGCCCGUCCGAAUGGACCCCCAGGACCACAAGAUUUGCCUGUUUGAAUGUACAAACUUUGAGGGUCGCAAGAUGGAAGUGUGCGAUGAGGACAUUCCUAGUCUGUGGUCUUAUGGCUUCCAGGACCGUGUCGCCAGCAUCCAGGUCACCGGUGGAACCUGGGUGGGCUACCAGUAUCCUGGCUAUCGUGGCUUCCAGUACGUGCUUGAAAUGGGCGCUUACAAGCACUGGAACGAGUGGGGAGCCCACCACCCCCAGAUCCAGUCCAUCCGCAGGGUGAGGGACAUGCAGACGCACCGUAGAGGCUGCUUCGAGUUCACCGCAUAG